CGCUUAGUAGACCAGAAAUUUAAGAAAAUAACAUUCUUGCCUUUUGAACCGUAACUUUCAUAUCUGAUAUCCUGUGUUUUAACUUAUAUAACCAGUACCCAGGAAAAGUACAAUUUUAGAAGGGAGUGCUCACCGGCUCUUCGGUUACUUUUCGGUUGUAGUGAAAAAAGGAUACAAAAUGCUUUGGCAAUUUAUCGCGUGUUUAGCCUUUAUGGGCAUCCGUUCAGUGUAUGCAGAUAGCCACGGGUGUGCCACAACAGAGAAGGUAAAUGAAGUAAAUAUCAUAGUCGCCUCUUUGGAACAAAGCCUUGGACCAAUCUUUGGGAACAGUUCGCUCACAAAUGAUCAGAAAAACGCCAUGAUACUCGACAAAGUCUGUAACGAUACACAAGGUGUGCGUGCGCAAGUGGACAAUAUCGAGGCAAAGCUUGGAGAAUGCGCUGCUCUCGCAACGGCAUCAGAGGUUAAGAAUCUUACGCUUGGUGCUAUGUCUUUCAAGGACCUGUUCGAGCGCUUCGAUAACGUAGACAACUUUUGUGGUAAGUUAAAUAAACAUCCAGCAGGAUGUCGGAAACUUGAUUUGAAAUAAAACAGUACUUAAAGC